GACGGUACCGCUUUGCGAUACCUCCACCUCCCCGCAAUUCGCUCUGGCUCCCCGCGCUUUGUUGUUCCAGCACUGGCCGCAUCGGAUGCGACAAUAGAACCAACCCACCAGGACUCCCAGAGGCGCGGCCCUUUUGCCUAGUCGGAUGCGCGCAGGCGAUACCGCGGCGGCCCCCCGAACGCGCUACCUAUGGCGUCUACGUAUGCCUUGCCCAUAGACAAUGCGUCGCCCGCCCGUGGCCAUGGACACUCGCACUCGCACUCGCACUACGCUGCCGACCAAUCUGCACCCAGGACCGCGCAGAUGAACGGCGCAUCGCCCUCAAAGGCACAAAGCCAGGCGGGGGGCGCCCACCGUCAUGCCAGAUCCGAAAUGAACGGUCAAUUGUACAUGCAGGGACUGUCUCCCUACGGCCACCAGCACAACCAAUCGCACGAUCACGCCCACAGCCAUUCGAGAUCGACCGAGUCGACGUACACGCUGAAGCCGUUCACAAAUGGGCGCCCCAAGGGCAGACCGCGGGGCGAGUCCGACUUAGGAAGGCCAGGAGGAGGGAAGAGUGCGGCCGCGAAGCAAGCCUUCUCCCCAAUCCAUGAGCACCCGGCCGCGUUCCCUCCACAGUCGUACUCACAGUCGUCCUGGCUCGAACUUCCCGAAGCGCUCACAGCCCUCCUCGUGCCUCUACCUUACGUCUUCGCGUCGCUUGCAUACUUUAGCGCUGUAUCGCAGGCUCGAAAAACGCCCACGAGCCUGGCAGAUGCAGUGGCCGACUCCAACAGUCUAGAGUACCCGGGUGGCGGACAAUUGCUCCACGCAUGUACGCUUUCGUCUGCGACACUGCUGCUCGUAGGCCUCAUAUCAAAGUUCCGCCUGUCCACAGACGAACCGCUAGACAGACGGAAGGAUUCAAACGAACCUGGCUGUUUCCACCCGAGCUUGGUACUUCGCGCAAGUUUACACGCACUCGGCGUCAUGCUGCCCUUCUAUGCUACGAUGCAGUUAGGAGGUGCCACAACUGCCAUCUUUCUUCUGGUGGCCUUCACAGCAGGUUUAGGCAAUCUUGACCAAAGGCCCGGGAAACAGUCAGCGUGGGACAACACCAGGCGAACCUUGCGCACCAGGACGAGAACGUACGUCGCUUUGUUGAUCGCAAUGGUUGUGCGCAGCGUCACCGCAGCAGAGAGAGCCGGGGUGAUCCUAGGAUUCAUCGCGCUGGUGAUCUCCAUAUUUGUCAUUCCGCCGCCUCUCCCAACCACGGGCUGGUCCUUGAUGACACCGCAAACCCAGAAUGGCUGGGCUACGCAAACAUCGACACGUGCGAGCUUGCCGAAACCGUCCUCUCCAUUGAUCAGCACGUCACUAGAUACUGAUCUUACUCUUGCGACUGGUCUUGUGUUGACUUGCUUCACUGUUAUCUUCGCCCAAUUCUCUUCAGCUGCACCAUCUUUGUCGCAUCACGCACUCCUGUUUUCUACCCUUUCCAUUGCGUCAGGGACAGCAUCUGUAUACCUUUCCUCUCCCAACGCUUUGCACAGCGCUAAAAAGAGUGGAUUGGCAAUUGGCGGCCUGAUCACGAUCGUUUUCGCACAAUUUGAGCACCAAGCCUGGCACGCCUAUGUCGCUUUCCUUGUUGUUCUCGGGGCAACUGCUUUUGAUACACGAGCACCAGUCCUUUCUCGGCCGUCGUCACGCGAUCACUCGCAUGCGACCCAUCGUCAUUCACACUCGCAUGAUCACGAUCACGGUCACGAUCACCACCUCCAUGGCAACCAUUCCCAUAUAUCUGCCUUCAUCAUUGCACGUUGCACGCCAGGCUCCAUCAUCCAUAGUGUGAUGAUUGAGAAGGACUCGCGCCGCAUUGCUUAUUUCGGGGUAUUGAAUCUGUCCUUCAUGAUGGUCCAGUUCUUUUAUGGCUAUGUGAGCGGAUCACUGGGUCUGCUCACCGACAGCAUCCACAUGCUCUUCGACUGUGCUGGACUUGCGGUCGGUUUGGCAGCCGCGGUGAUGAGCAAGUGGCGUCCGAACGCUGCCUUCCCAUAUGGCUAUGGAAAAGUUGACACGCUGUCUGGGUUUGCCAACGGUGUGUUUCUUUUGCUGGUCAGUGUUGAGAUUUGCUUCGAUGCGUUUGAAAGGCUAUGGGAAGGUCAUGAGCUGCAAAGGCUCAACGAGCUGCUCAUCGUCAGUGUGCUUGGUUUUUUGGUGAACAUUGUGGGACUGACAGCGUUCGGGCACGCCCAUCACGGUCACGGGCAUGACCAUGGCCACGACCAUGGAGACCAUGGACACGGUCAUGGGCAUUCCCAUGACAACGAGAACAUGCAGGGCAUAUUUCUGCACAUCCUUGCCGAUGCACUGGGCUCUGUCGCCGUGAUCAUCUCCACUCUCCUCACCAAGUACUACGGCUGGUCUGGCUGGGACCCGAUUGCAUCUUGCAUCAUCGCCAUCCUCAUCUUUUUCUCCGCCAUUCCCCUUGUAAAGAGCGCCGGUAUGCGCUUGAUGCUCUCUUUGCCUGCAGACGUCGAGUACGGCAUUCGCAAUACCCUUCAAGAGCUUAGUUCGCUAAGAGGUGUCGUGGGCUAUGCUGUGCCGAAGUUCUGGAUGGAGGAUGAAGGUGCUGCGCACGCUGAAGUGCAUGCUCAUGAGCAUGAGAAGUGCGACCACGACCACGUGCAUGGAAACGGACAUGUUCACUCCCAUGCGGAAAAUGAGCACGACCACGACCACAGCCAUUCACCACACCAUCACGACCAUAGCCACGACGACCACGACCACGACCAUGACCAUAGCCAUGACCAUGACCACGACCACGCUCACGCCUCACGCGGACAACGCAUACUCGGCGCCAUCCACAUCAUCGCCGCGCGGGGUGCAGACGUCGAAGACGUCCGCGAACGCACAGCGCAGUUUCUCAAGGGCAAAGGCAUGGACGUGGUCUUGCACGUCGAACGGGAGGGCGAAGGGAACUGUUGGUGCGGUGGCGGGAACAAGUCGAAUUGAGUUGAGCGUGAUCAGUCUUUGUUUUUGUUUUCGAGGUAGCAUAACAGGGCGUUCAUACCAUGGGGUUUUCUUAUGAACAUACCAUUUCUUUGUCUUUUCGCAAAUGUCGUCAGGCAAAUGUAGCUGUAUGGAACGGAGCGUUUCUUUUGAGGCUUUGGAAGCUGCAAGGCGCGUAUACAACAUCAACUAUUAAAGCUGUACAGAC